AGCUCCUCCCGCCUCAGCGCUUCCCGCCGGCUCCCUCAGGAGUUACCGGGAGCCAGGAGCCGCUGCAGCCCUCGGCAGCCGCCGGAGCCCCGCUCCCGGCAGGAGAGGAUGACGAGGUGAGACCACGGUGGGUUUGACUCCGGUGGACGACAGCGGAGCAGUGGCUGCCUUAGAGCUGCGGGAGAGAUCUACAGAAAGUUUAUUAUUCCUCCUGGCCAAUGCACUCUACCGUUCCACGCCGUGAUUUUGCCGCCUCCUGGUUCUGAGGGCUCCUCUCGUCAUGAGCUCCUUCGAGGAGGCCGAAACAGAGGAGACAGUGACGUGCCUCCACCUGACCUUCUACCACCCCGGCCAGGCCGAGAAGAUGAUGUUCCGCUGCCUGGAUUUCUGCAGGCGCCAGCAGGUCCGGGCGGACGACACGGCCAAGUUCGGCCGCGAUUCCAGCCUCUGCCGCUACAGCCUGAUGGACACGCGCGUCUCCCGCAUCCAGUUCUCCCUGCAGUUCUACAGGAGUCUCCACACCUCGGAGUACGGCUUUGAGAUCAAGAACUUGAGCAAGAAAACCAAACUGACCGUCAGCCAAACGGAACUGGGGUACUUAAACAAAAUCGACCUGCCCCUGAAGUGCAUCAUCUGUUUUGGGGACUACCAGAUCCUGGCAGAGAUUCAAGAAGGGGAGGCUGUGGAUUAUUUUGAGAUUCACUUACACUUGGCUGAAGCACCCAUCUUACAAGAAAGGUGCCUGCCAUCCCUGCAGCCUAUACCCGAGAAUGGCGUUUCUCCUUCCUUUCCUCUUUCCCAAGGCAAAAGCCCCACAGAGAUUGAUGAAAACGAGCUGUACUAGCGGGGAGGAGGAGGCCGGAUCAGCUUUUGUGGCCUGCACAGCUCCCAGCAUACACGGCUCUCACCUCAGCCCAGUGUUCUUGGUGGAGCUCACUGCCUGCUGCACAUCAGUCUUCUUUACUUGGUGUUUUCAGCACAGGCAUUCCAGAGCACUGCUCCACAGAAAUGGAUUCCUGCCACUGCCUUCACUGAGGGCUCUCUGAUGCCAGGAAAGGUGUGGGAGGUGGGGGGGGUCACUCAAAUCCACGGCAGCAGGUUCGAUCC